CCCCCCCGGUCACGGGACCGGAAGGCGCCGCGGCGGCAGAGCGGAAGCGAUGGAGCCGGCGAAGAUGGCGUCUCCCAAGAGCGCGCCCAAAGACGCGCAGGUCAUGGCGCAGAUCCUGAAGGACAUGGGCAUCACGGAGUACGAGCCGCGCGUCAUCAACCAGAUGCUGGAGUUCGCCUACAGGUAUGUGACCACUAUACUAGAAGAUGCAAAGAUUUAUUCAAGCCACGCUAAGAAAUCUAGUGUUGACGCAGAUGACGUGAGGUUAGCGAUCCAGUGUCGGACGGACCAGUCCUUUACAUCUCCACCUCCAAGAGACUUCUUGUUAGAUAUCGCAAGACAGAAAAAUCAAACGCCUUUGCCAUUGAUAAAGCCUUAUUCCGGACCCAGACUUCCACCUGACAGAUACUGUUUAACAGCUCCAAACUACAGACUUAAGUCCUUACAGAAGAAGGUCUCUUCCUCUGCAGGAAGAAUAACAGUCCCUCGCUUGAGUGUUGGUGCUGUAAGCAGCAGACCUAGCACACCUACUUUAGGUACACCUUCAGCACAAACAGUCUCUGUUUCAGCAAAAGUUGGCACCCCAGUGUCGCUGACUGGUCAGAGGUUCACCGUACAGAUCCCGUCUUCUCAGGCAACAGUCAAAUCAGCCACACCAACAACUCCGACAGUUCAGAAUGUUCUAAUUAAUCCUUCAUUAAUUGGGCCCAAGAACAUUCUUAUUACUACAAAUAUGGUAUCAUCACAGAAUACAUCCAGUGAAUCAAAUCCCUUGAAAAGGAAGCAUGAAGAUGAUGACGACUAUGAUACUUUGUGACGAGACCGUCUAGUCCCCUUCCUUUCUUCGGAGCUGUGAUUCAUAUUGAGUCUGAUAGGGUAUUUGCUAAAUGGGCUUUGUAAACUGUAUGAUAGUAUGUAAAUAUUCUGUUGAUACGCAGGUGGUUAUAGCGUCAGAGAAAGGUCAUUGCCCUGUGGAGAGACUAAAAAGCAACUGAUUUUCUGUGGUCUCUAAUGUCUUUUAGACCUCAGUAGGAAUGAUAACUGUAGUCACUGGUACACCGGAGCCUGGUCUUCAUGUCGCUUCUCUUGCCUGUAUUUCAAACAGAAGCGUUUGUGGCUUUGAAGGCUGGUGAGUCAGGUGCUUUUGUAGUACUGUACUGUGCCAAGUAAGAAUAACUUUUAGAAAGCACUGGGUAAUGUAGAAUUGGAUAUAGAUACUUAAUUUCAAAUCAAGUAAAAAAAGAACAGAGUCCUCAGUCAGGAGGGAAAGAUCCAGGGAAUAUUGGCCUUUUUUUUUUCCCAAAUGCAUUUACUGCUUCCAGAGUAUGUUAUUUCUAUACUCUAUUCUCCCUGUGCAGUUUUAGUAAGUGUGAAGGUUAUGUCUUGCAGUAGAAAUACAGACAGAGGAUGGAUUUUCUACAGAACACUUGCUUAGUUUGACCUGUGUUAUUGAUAAAUUAGUGAUUUCUGUUGGCCUUAACAGCCCCAGCAGUAUACACAUGACUGUACCUAAGGAUAGUGGAAGAGGUAAAAGCACAGCUAUGGUUUGUCCUUUAUUUGUUUCCAGAGUGUACCUGUAUCAGUCAUCAGUUCACUAAGCUUGUAUUUAUAUGUGCAUUUAAUAAAACAUCGUUAACAACAUGGUGCGCAGGAGGAUCCAACUAAAGGCAAAGGGAAAAAUACUGUUUUUCAAGAGCAAGGUGCUUUUGAAAGCUUUUGUUUGUAUUUUGGUCUGUAUUAAGAGCCCAAGAAUUCAAUGGCAAAAUGCUGAAGAACAACUUUAACAUGGUUUUAUGUAUUAAAAAAAUAAACAAGUGGUUUUUUUUUUUUUA